CGUACAUGUCCGCAGUAAGCAUGGCUGUCGUGCUUCUAAUGGCGUUCAUGGUUGGAUAUAAAAUGCUACCCUCAUCAACAUGGCUGCCAUCUAGCACAUCCCAAUACCAGGAAAACAAUGAAAUAAGUACGACUUUGUUCCUCGAGUCACCUGUAACAACAGAAAUACCUCCGUUAAAAGGUUACAUUAUCUAUGACUGUGAUGACCAACAUACGGGACCUUGUGGUGGCUGGUCAGAGCGCAUGGCUGGCAUUUUCAGUUCCUACGUCAUAUCCGUUUUACUUCGUAAACAUUUUCUCAUUAGGUACACGCGAUCCUUUAAUUUGACAGAUUAUCUAAUACCAAGUACAUUUGACUGGAAAUAUAACUCAUCUAUUCUUCCAGGCAGGUCUUGGGACUAUCAAGAUUUUUUUUCCAAGACUCCAAAUGCUCUCAAGAAAAAUAGCAUAAAGAGUCUCGGAGACCUGUUCCCUUAUGAUGUCAAUUUCGUUCGUAUGAGCUGGGAUUAUACGGAGUACUUCAGACAUUUUCAAAUUUUACCAAAUGUAAUUCCGUGGGUAUUGGAGUUACAUUUUGCUGAUAUUUAUCUCAAAUUUUUCAACACACUUUUUCAACCUACAAAAUUUAUUUCUCAAACUGUAAAUAGGGUUGUUAGAAAUGUAACAAAACUCGCAUGUGCGCACAUCAGUUUGGGAGGAAGAAGAACGAUCUCUGAAGACGAUGCCUUCAUAUAUAAGGAGCAACUCGACCCUAUCUGGAAUCUACUAAGAGCGAUGGAGAAGAGGAAUUACAGCCUGUUUAUAGCCACAGAUUCUCAGUUCGUGCGGAAUACGGCAAAGACUCGAUUCAAACACCUCCUUGAAGUCGAAGGACGGAUUCUACAGAUGGACAGGCCUAUUGGUGGAGAUGGCGUUGCUGGUGGUUAUAAAAAAGUAGUUGCAGAUUUUUUAGUUCUGACGAAGUGUGAUGUUUUGAUAUUAACGAAGAGUGGGUUUGGAAUUCUGGCAGCCUAUAUGAACAACAAGACAAAAGAAAUGUACUGCCUUAAUUCAGAUGAGGUCUUGCCCUGCUCUCGGUACACCAUCCACAGUUUCUACCCCGAAAAAAUAUUCUACCCGUUACAGUGAAACUGGUAUAGAUUGUGAAUCUGUGUCUUAAGAUAGACAGAUGAUUGAACCUCCCAAACUGUUUACAAUAAAUACAAAUGCACUGAACAAUCGUCGAAAGCAAUGAACAACUGUCAGAAGACUGUAGAACUCCUAAAUACCUUGUGGUCCUCAUGCUGUUGAACGUCCGUGUUGUGAACACGUGAACGUCUGAAGGAUGUACAGAGCAGUUUAACUUCCGGUUUGCCUAUCGCUUUAUAUUUCUCAAAAAUAGGACCAUCAUUAAAUCAAA